AUGGAGUGGAGUUGGAGCUUGCUUCCCUAUUCCAUCAUCAUUUCAUCCACCACCUUCCUCCUCCUCCUCCUCCACGUUCUCCGCCGCCAAAAACCGAUCUCUGGCAGGCUACCACCACCGGGACCACCAGGGUGGCCGGUAUUCGGUAACAUGUUUGAUUUCGGGACAACGCCACACAGAACGGUAGCCGAACUUAAAAAAAAGUACGGCCCAGUCGUAUGGAUCCGACUAGGUUCCGUAAACACCAUGGUAAUCCUCACCGCCAACGCCGCCACGGAGCUUUUCAAAAAUUACGACCAGUCCUUCGCAGACCGACACCCCCCAACUGUCUUGGGGUCGCACAACUUCAUCCAAGGGUCCUUUGCCUUCGCUCCUUACAGCGCGUAUUGGCGCGUGAUGAAGCGACUAAUCAACAUGAAAAUCAAGGUCGCUAAUAAGAUGAAUGAAACAGCACCCACCAGGCGAAAAUCUGUCGACGACAUGUUGUCGUGGAUAGAAAAAGAAGCGGGGAAAUUGCGUGGGAAACGAGCAAUCAUGGUUGCUCAUUUCGUGUUCCACGCGUCCGCUAACAUGGUGGGAAACCUUAUGGUUUCCAGGGACGUGGCAGGUCCGGUGUCAGAAAUGGGGUUGGAGUUUUUGUCAGCCAUGAUGGAGAUACUGAAGUUGAUUCAUAAACCAAACAUGGCUGACUUAUUUCCAUGGUUCAGAUGGCUCGACCCACAAGGUCUGAGGAGGAAGAUGGACCAUGAGCUUGGGAAGAUCUUGGCAAUUAUUUCUGGGUUCGUGAAGGAGAGGAUGAAAGAGCGGCGAGAAGGAGGAGAGAGGAGGAAGGACCUCUUGGAAGUGUUGCUGGACUUUGAGGGGACUGGAGGAAAGGAUGAACCAGAUAAAUUAUCAGAGCAUCAGAUCAGCGGAGUCAUAGUGGAAAUGUUUAUAGCCGGCACAGAAACAACUAGCAGCACCAUUGAAUGUGCAAUGGCAGAGCUUCUACGCAACCCAGAAAUCAUGAUCAAGGCUAAAGUCGAGCUCAAUAAUGUCGUUGGACAAAACAAGAAAAUGCAAGAGAGCGACAUCGAUCAUCUGCAAUACUUGCAAGCAGUGGUGAAAGAAACGCUACGUUUACACCCUCCUGCUCCAUCUCUAAUCCCUCGAAAGGCCAUUCACGAUACAAAUUUUAUGGGUUAUCACAUACCCAAAAACACACAAGUUGUGAUCAACGCUUGGGCAAUUGGAAGAGACCCAAAUUAUUGGGAUGAGCCUAUGUCUUUCAAGCCUGAGAGAUUCAUAGGCUCGAAAAUUGAUUAUAAGGGUCAACAUUAUGAGUUUUUACCAUUUGGAGCUGGCCGACGAAUGUGUAUAGGUGUUCCAUUAGGUCACCGAAUGUUGCAUCUUCUUUUGGGCUCGUUGCUUCAUGAAUUUGAUUGGGAGCUUGAAUGUCGUGUUAAUGGAGAGACCAUGGACAUGAGAGAUAGGAUUGAACCAGUACUAGCAAAAUUGCAAUCAUUAGAAGUGGUACCUAAAAGGUGUAGGAAAAUUGACUAG